AUGAACAACUCGCUAUUCGGUAAACUGCCAGCGGAGUUGCGCACCUCGAUCUACGAGUUGGCUCUCUUCUCACCAAACGGCAUCGAGCUCGGCUUCAUCAAAGCGCCAAUCCGGGGAAACUGGGAAGAAGACUCGACCCUCGCCAUACGACCCCUCAACCCUCAUCAACUCUCCCCCAACCUCCUCAGCACCUGCAAGCAAAUCCACCACGAAGCCCUCCCCAUCGUGCUCUCCAACCAUUUCACCAUCCCGCUCAACUGGAACUUCCUCCGCCACAUGGCCCUACCCGCCGGCCGCGCCCUAGCAGACUGGGGAGUCCGCUACACCUCCCACGGCCACCUCAUCACCUCGCUCCACAUCACCUACUCAGACCUCGGCAUGAAAGAGCUCGAGGGAAUCGCCGCCUUCGCCAAAUCCUCCCUCCACUCCCUCCACUCCCUCCAACACUCCGGCCUCCGCCCCUCCCUCACCCUCUCCAUCGACCUCGUCCACCGCGCCAUCGGCCAGCACUCGCCGUACAUCGCCCACGUGGACCUGGGCCUCAAGUCCGCGAGCGGAAACCGCCACGCGAUCGCCCACGUCAUCCGCGACGCCGACGCCAUGGCGAGCCCCUGGUAUCGUCCCCGCUUGGCCCCUGGCACGUACUUGCUGUGGCAACCAGGCAUGGAGGACGCACUGAUGCGCAGGACUGUGCGAGAGGAAGCCGAGUAUGUGGAGAGCAUGGUGGCGUACGUGCAAGCAGGGGGCGUGUGGGCUGCUGAGGAGGAGGAGUACUUGCACAAGUACGAGUACGAGUGUGGAGAGAGCGACAGCGAGAUAAAUGAAACGUUGUGGGAGGCGGAUUUCGAGGAGGGAUACUCGCCAAAGGGGGGCCGAAGUCGUGGGCUAAGAGGUUCGAAGAAGAAAGCGAUCAAGGGGAGGGCGAAAAAAUGGUAG